AUGGAGCUUCCUAGUCAAAGUGAAUACCACAGUGAUUCUGUGGCUAACCCUGAUGGACUCAUAGGCGGUUUCAUUUCUCACAUUGUGGGUGAUAUAAUGACAAGCAGGCAAGACAUGGUAUCAGAUCAUGAACUUGAAGUGGUCUUAAUUUGCAAUGUUGGGCUUCAUUUUGUCUUAUGUGACAUUUAUAGCACUUGUCAUAUGAGACACCGUGAAGCCUGGUUAAGGCUGGUAGGCGCUUGGGAUGCUGGCUUUAGAGAGAGAAAGACUGUGAGUGAGAGUGAGAGUGAGUCUUCAGAGAGGCAGAGAAGCAGAGGAAGGAAGAAACGUGGUAUGGCAGAAGGAAAGUCUGCCACAUUUGAACCAUAA